AUGGCCAACGUCGAGCACAUGCCGUUAAACCUGUUGCAGGCGGAAGGCCCAGCAGAGCUCCUUAGCCGCAUCGACGAGCUCCGGAAUUUGGGCUUUAGGCACCGGAUUUGCCUACCUCAGCUAGUUGUUUGCGGACACCAAGGCUGCGGGAAAACGUCAGUAUUCCAGGCAAUCACCGGCAUCUCGUUUCCUGUGGGCCAUGGCGCUCGUACUCGAUUUGCAAUCGAAGUGAUUUUUCGACGAUCACCGGAAGUGUCGACUCGCGUCAAAAUCCGACCAGGCGUAAACGCAUCGCCGGACCAUCAGCACAGGCUUCAAACGUUUUCAACACCGCACAACUGGCUCGAAGAUGUUUCUCAGCUCAUUACCGAUGCCGAGCAGUUUCUAGGCUUGAGUAAAGAACGACAAUAUUCGCAAGAUGUCUUGCAACUCGAGGUCUCCGGACCUUCACUUCCGGAUUUGACCGUCAUUGAUUUACCCGGGCUCCUCCAGGAUCCUAAUGGGACUGAAACAGCGGAAGAUGUUGCUUUAGUCAGGGAGCUUACAGAAGCAUACACGAAUAACCCUCGAAGCAUUGUUCUUGCUGUGCUUUCCGCGAACAUGCCUCUUGCUCAGCACUCUGUUAUCCGGCUAACAGCGCCCUGCAAGUCGAGGACAAUGGGAAUUAUAACAAAGCCGGACGUAUUGGACCCAGAUUCUUCUACCUUGGCUACCUUCCAUGCACGAGUAAAGUACCAAGAUAUUCCAUUGCGGCUGGGUUGGCAUGUUUUAAAGAAUGUUGACACCAAUCACAAAGAUGCUUUCGGAUUGAACCGAGAUGAAACGGAGAGUCUCUUUUUCAGCAGCUCUAUUCCGUGGAGGACGCUUUCACCUAAUUCAAUUGGAAUCGAUUCUCUUAGAGAUCGCUUAAAUAAAGUACUAUUGGCUCAGGUCGAGCUGCAGCUCUCUAUGUUGUCAACCGAAAUUCAGCAGGAGCUCGAAAUUCAAAGAGAGUCACUACACCAGCUAGGGCCGGACAUGCUUACAGCAGCAGAACGGCGAUUGCACAUUACCACUAUUGGCGAAAAGGUUCAGAAAUUCACCAGGGACGCCGUCCUUGGUGAAUAUACUGAUCCCUACUUCAGACACCACUCGAAUGAAUCAGUACGGCGUCUUCGUUCGGUUUUGCGGAAAUGGGCGGAGGAUUUUGCUGUAGACAUGCGACAAAGGGGCCACAGUCACUAUAUAUACGAAGAUACAAGUUUGAAUGUCAUCCCGGCACAAGGAUUUGCGGACGACCCCCAACCUAUUUCGAAAUCAGAGUACAUCAGUGGCAUUCUGCAGCUCCUUAAAUCCAAUAACGUUCACGGGAUUUCUGGACUAGCGAAUUCCCAGGUCAUUUGCGAGUUAUUUGUACGCCAUUCCCUAAAAUGGGACAAGAUAACGAAGGCUCACGUUUCGGAGAUUUGGAAAAAGGUAAAACGGUUCUUAGAUGGGGUUCUUCAUCACGUUGCUGGCUCAAGCACAAGCAACGCUAUUAUGCGUGAGAUCAUUAACUGCAAAAUGGAGGAAAGGCUACGGAAAACGAAUUCAAAAGUCGACGAACUGCUGGUUCCAUAUAGGAGGAUGAUGCUGUCGACUUUGAAUGAACAACUAAUCUUUAAAUUGCGCCACAUCCGACGGGAGAGUUCCCAGAAGAUAGAUCCUCAUGGGGCAUCAGAUGACAUGAAUCUUUCGAUAUGCAAUGGGAUUCUUGAUUGCAUGCAGUCAUAUUAUUCAAUGGCUCUUGGAGUUUUCCUCGAUAACGUUGCCGGAUUAGCGGUUGAGAGUUGUCUUAUAGAGGGUAUUGAAAAUAUUAUGUCCCCGACUCGGAUCUCGCAAAUGACAGACGGGGAGAUUGAGCGCCUCGCUGCGGAUUCCAAUGAAGUGAGAAAUGCUAGAGCAAGGAUUGCAAGAAAAGUGAAAGUUUUUGAAGUUACUGCUGCAGCUUGCAUGCGAUGCCAAAUGGCUGCACUGGAGUCCUCAGCGCAGAAUUAUAAUACCUUAUCUGAUGAGAGCGCCCCGAACUCCCCUACCUUUGGUUCCGACUUUUCUUCUCAAAAAGAUUCGUCUUCUUUUAGUGACGUUGAGGGUUUGGAGAAAUCCACUCUUUCGUACUCACCCUCCAAAAGUGUUGGGCGCAGGAGAUCCAAUAGCUCCUCUAGACUUUUGGUAUUUCCCUCUCCCGGCCGGAUACAAGGGGAGCCUUCGCACAUUGGCAGUAACAACCCUGCUUCAUCGGCUGGGUCCAAUACAUCGUCCCCAACGUGGCCCUCGUCUUUUGAUUCUAAACAGUCUGCGCUACGUUCAUCCUAUAUAGGCUCUAGACCAGUGGCUCAGAGCGGUACGGUUAGAACCCAUACAGCACCGGCACGUAUACCUUCGCCUGAACUCGUAUAUCCUGGAAACUCUGGGGCCACUCGAUUUUAUACGCACGGGCGCGCCCUUUCGGCAGAUAAAAUCGAUCCUAUGUCCCGCGACCUAUUGACUCCCCUCGGAUUCUCCUAUGAGAGUACGAGACAUGCUCGCACCCUUUCUGCGGAGCGGAUUAUGCCACCAUUGCCAGAGGCAACGGUUUUCAACUCUCGGCAUGCGCGCUCUCUGUCUGCAGACAAGUUCAACAAUCUACCGGCUCCUCCACCGAGAAGCCCAGCGCGGACACUCUCCCUCUCCAUCCUAACAAAGUCGAAAAUUACGGGGCAUCAACCUCUACGAAGGCGACUCUCCAAACUGAAACCGGGAGCCACGACGGAAGAGAAAGUGCCAUCGAUCUCUUUACCCUUUAACUUCCAGCAUCAUGGCGCCGUCCCGGCUUCCGGAGAGCCGGCGCAAUUGAUUUGA